AUGUCUACCAUGGCAAGUUCAACGUCAACAUCCAAGUCGGGAGGAGACAAGGAAAAGGGGUCGAAUGAAGGUAGUCUGAACAAUAACGAUUACCAUAGUCUUUUCAAGAAAUUGGACAUUAAUCGAAGUGGAGAGAUUACUCUCCAGGACUUUAAGAAGGCAUUGAAGGACUUGAAGCAUCCGUUGAGCGAAAGCCCCGAGAUGAUAAAGAAAAUUUUCGACUCAUUCGAUUCAAAUCAAGAUAAGGUAAUUGAUUUCAAUGACUUCAAGUUAUAUUUGACUACUACUGACGAUCAGAUUCUUAAGGGUUUUAAUAAGAUAGAUCAAGAUAACGAUGGAAGGUUGAAUAAGGCUGAUUUUGUUCAUUAUUUGAAGAAGACUCUCAAUUUGAGCCCUUCAGAUUCGAAGAUAGACUUAAUCUUCAAACAGAUUGACUACAAAAAUGAUGGUUACGUGACCUAUGAUGAAUUUAGAGAUUUUUUAUUAUUGAUACCAAGACUAAACGGCUCAAGGAUUAAGACUGCGUUCCAUUUCAUAGUGGAAGAGUUAGAUAUUUCUUCGGAUGGUGAUGUGACUUUAAUAAAUCAAUUCUUAAGUGGGUUCGGAUUCUUCUUGGCUGGAGGGCUUUCGGGUGUCGUUUCUCGUACUUGCACGGCACCAUUUGAUAGAAUCAAAGUUUUUUUGAUUGCAAGAACAGAUUUAACUUCUACUGUAUUGCAUUCAAAAUCAGAAAUUGCUAGGCAGAUUGCAAACGGGGCUUCAUCACAUGUUAUCGAAGAAGCCCGUCAAAAGGUAAUCGCAGCUGAAGCGGCGGCUGCAAAACAGGCAGCGGAACAUCCAAAGAAGAUAAGAUCUCCCUUGAUACAAGCAGCAAGAACAUUAUGGAAACAAGGUGGUUUCAGGACUUUCUAUGUUGGUAACGGUUUGAAUGUUUUGAAAGUUUUUCCUGAGUCGGCUAUGAAGUUUGGGUCAUUUGAAGCCACAAAACGCUUUUUGUCAAGAGUAGAAGGGGUUCAAGAUACAUCCCAGUUGUCGAAAGUGUCUACAUAUUUAGCUGGUGGUAUUGGGGGUGUUUGUGGACAAUUUACGGUUUAUCCAAUUGAUACGUUAAAAUUUAGAUUACAGUGUUCAGAUUUGGAAUCAUCAGUACGAGGAAAUGACUUGUUAUUUCAAACUGCGAAGGAUUUAUUUAAACAAGGUGGACUUAGAAUUUUUUAUAGAGGUAUUUUCGUUGGUGUCAGUGGUAUAUUUCCUUAUGCAGCUUUGGACUUAGGUACAUUUACUACCAUAAAGAACUGGCUAGUUAUACGAGAAAGUAAGAAGAAGGGUAUAAAGGAAGAAGAUGUCAAAUUACCGAACUAUAUGGUGUUAUCUUUGGGUGCGCUUUCCGGUACAUUCGGUGCUACUGUUGUAUAUCCAAUUAAUUUAUUGAGAACGAGAUUGCAAGCCCAAGGUACAUACGCACAUCCAUAUACCUAUAAUGGGUUCAGUGACGUUUUGUCUAAGACAAUUGCCAGAGAAGGUUAUCCUGGUUUGUUUAAGGGUUUAUUACCAAACUUAGCGAAGGUUGCACCCGCCGUUUCCAUCAGUUAUUUUAUGUAUGAGAAUUUGAAAUACUUCUUGCGCUUAGAUAACAGUAUAUAA